GUUACUGCUCGCAUCACCCUUACUUGUAUGGUCAGCCUUAUCAUCACCUCACGGAUCUGAAUAGGUGGACGACAUUCGUGGUUAUCAGAUUUCAUUGACCAACAUUUGGAGCCAAGAGGCGCCGAUUCAAUUGACAGUCUGUGUGAGACACCAUGGCACCCAACAUCGACUUCAGUGCUCUAUCAUCCCGGAAAUCCACCAAAAACCAUUCAUCUACUUUUGCUAUCCAAGGUUGCUCUAAUCGGCCACGUCCCAUGCCAUAUGACACCUGGGGAAAGCUAGAGAUCUUGAAAGACACUGUCAAGAAGGUGAAAAAGUUCACGUGUCGCAGACGAGGAGAGGAGUGGGCGCAACACCUUGACACCCUUCUCAGUGAAUUGGAAGCACCGCCUUCAACGCGGAGUGUGGUUGUCGUUGGGCACACAGGACACGGGAAGACUACCCUUUUCAACAGCCUCCUUCAGUGUCCACUGCUAACAACUGCUACGAGGCGUGCGUGCACCUCUGCCGUCGUAGAGGUUCACUACGAUGAUAGUCUUGACUAUCGAGCAACGAUUGAAUUUCUGUCGAAGGAAGCAUGGGAAGAAUUCCUGUCCCCAUUGGUCGCGGACGUGCAUGAAAGCACAACUUCACCUUCCAAGUUUCCUCCGAGUGACGACGUCCAGAAAAACUUAGUACUUGGUUCAGCCGCAACUUUGGUACAGAUAUACCCACACUUGAGUGGUCAGCUGAUCGACAAGGAUGUCUCAGUUGAGUCGCUGAGUGUCCACCGCUCCGUCACCAAUAUGAUUGGGAGUAGCUGCGAAUUCACUGCCACUUCUCCCGCGGAAAUGGAAAAGAAGUUAAGGGGAUACAUAUCCGCUCGCCAGGACAAGAAUAAACCAACACUCUGGCACAUGAUCAAAUGUGCCAAGAUAUAUGGACCCUUCCAAAUGCUCGCAACAGGAACUGUUCUCGUCGAUCUCCCCGGAUUUGGGGACUCCAAUUUAAUUCGCGUUCAAAAGGCCGAUCAAUACUUGAAAGACGCUGAUUCAAUUCUCUUGGUACUGGAUAUCCGGCGAGUGAUAGACCAUGUCGACGCAAGAGAAUAUCUCAAGAAGUCCAUCAAACGAUUCGUGGGCUUUGAUGGGAGAGCUAUUUCCGACAGUGCUUUGAUCAUCGCGGUGACACGUUCCGAUGUUCAAAUUAAUGAUCCACAGAACGCUGUUCAAGAUCAAGAAGGACAAGAUUUCCUUAACAACAUCAAUAACGAACUCGACAAUUACACAGAGGAUAUUCAACGGGUCGGCGGGGGCUUGCAAGCGGGAUUUGAGCAGCUUGAGCAGACACUGAAUGGUCUUCACAUGCAGAAGCAUAGCUUCUUGGCCCUGCGUCGAGCUGAACGAAUCAGACGAUAUGUUCAAGAUUUGGGUGCGUCGAUAUAUCGUGCCAUAGACAAGGAGAGCUCUGCCGUUUUGAAUCCGUUUUCUGUCCACGUGGUUGGAUCGGUGGAUUAUCAGAGACUUCAGAACUUUGAUGCAACACAACCUGACCCGAUGGUGUUCACUAACGUAGCUGAUACUGGCAUUCCGGCCUUGCAAGCACAACUGAGCAGCGUGGCUCUUCAUGAACGUUUGGAAAAGCUUAUGCCGACCCUCACUUCGUUUGAUUCUAUGAUGUCAGAGAUACACCAGUACUAUAAAUCGCAGGUGACAAUGGACAAUCAGUACAUCUCGAAAGCAACCACAGUCCUGGAAGACUUGAAAAAGUACAACGAAAUAACUCACAAUGAGCGCAUCGAGGGAAUCGGGGGGUUGGUCGACACGCUGAUCUGUACUAUACAAGCU